AUGUCUUUUCUUCCAUUUUCCAUUGAUGCAAUCCUUAAUUCAGAUUUCACAGUUGAUAGAAGAUUAACUAGCGUUUGGGCGACCGGAUCAACUAAUUCAUUUUGGCGUGACACCUGGAAUGAUGAAAAACGGAAAUCGUUCGAAUGCCCAGAAUGUGGCAAGGUUUUCAGUGCGCAUUAUAAUUUAACAAGGCAUAUGCCGGUGCAUACUGGAGCUCGACCAUUCCUUUGCAAGGUUUGUGGUAAGGCUUUUCGACAAGCUUCAACAUUAUGUCGUCAUAAAAUUAUACAUACUGAACAAAAACCUCAUACAUGUGUCACCUGUGGCAAAUGCUUUAAUCGCUCAUCAACGCUCAAUACGCAUAUACGUAUUCAUUUAGGCUAUAAACCGUAUAUAUGCGAAUUAUGUGGUAAAGGAUUUCAUCAAAAUGGAAAUUAUAAGAAUCAUAAAUUAACGCAUAGUGGCGAAAAAAGAUUCAAAUGUAGCGUAUGCAAUAAAGCAUUUCAUCAAACAUACAAUCUAACAUUUCAUAUGCAUACACAUCGAGAACAGAAACCGUUUGUUUGUCCAAUUUGCGCCAGAGGUUUUUGUCGUAAUUUUGAUCUUAAGAAGCAUAUACGUAAGCUACAUCAAAUUACAUCAUCAAAUGAUCAUUAA